CCUGCAGCUUGUGCGGACACUCCCAAGGGCGAGGGGAGGGCUCGGCUUCUCGCGCCUAGUUUCCCGGUCUCUCCUGGAGCCCGGGUCUCUGGGCUGCCCUCAGCGAGCGCCCAGGCUGGCAGAGCCUCUGAAAGAUUUCCUUCAGUAAAGAGGUGGCUUUUGAAGUCCUACAGAAACGAGUGUGGUGUGUGAUUUCAAGGCACGAUGGCUGCGAAAGUGUUUCCUAUGUCUCCAAAGCCAAAGCAGUCCUUUAUACUGAGAGUUCCUCCAAACUCCAAGCUAGGCCAAGACCUACUUCGAGAUGCUACUAGUGGGCCCAAGACCAUCCACCAGCUGGUUCUGGAGCACUUCCUCACCUUCUUGCCCAAGCCAGGACUAGCCCAGCCCAGUCAGAAAGUCAAAGAAACCUUGGUUAUCAUGAAAGAUGUGAGCUCAAACUUUCAGAACAGAGUACAACCUCAUCCCUUAGUGAAGCUUCUGACCAGAGAAGGAAUCCAGCAGAAACAGGAGACAGUAUCUCUGUGCUUGAAAGCUGAGCCUGAGGAGCUGGUAGUCUUUGAGGAUUUGAAUGUAUUUCAUUCCCAAGAAGAAUGUGUGAGCCUGGAUUCUACUCAACAACCCACCUCAGAGAAGGAAGAAGACAGUGUUGGGGAAAUGAUGUUAAUGGUCAAUGACAGUAAUCCUGAGGAUGAAGAUCAUAGAGAAGAGUCUUCAGAUUGUGAUGAAAUGGAUUGUUCCAUGGUCUCUGAGCAACCUCCAGAAUGCCAUAGAGAAAGAUUAAAUAUAUCAAUUCCAAAUGAAAGGAAAAUGAGAAAUCUUUUAGUUACCAUUGAAAAUGAUACUCCAUUAGAGGAACUUUCAAAAUUUGUGGAUAUCAAUAUUAUUGCACUGACCCGAAAUCGGAGAACAAGAAGAUGGUACACUUGUCCACUGUGUGGGAGACAGUUUAAUGAAAGUUCUUACCUUAUUUCCCACCAGAGGACUCAUACUGGAGAAAAACCCUAUGACUGUAGUCACUGUGGGAAAAGCUUCAAUCAUAAAACAAACCUUAAUAAACAUGAACGAAUCCAUACAGGUGAGAAACCUUAUUCAUGUUCAAAAUGUGGAAAAAAUUUUCGUCAAAAUUCUCAUCGUAGUCGCCAUGAAGGAAUCCAUAUAAGGAAGAAGAUAUUUAAGUGUCCAGAAUGUGGGAAAACCUUCCCAGAAAACAAAGAAUUUGUACUUCAUCUGCAGAGUCAUGUGACUGAGAGGCCGUAUGGUUGCAAAAAAUGUGGGAGAAGAUUUGGUCGUCUGUCAAACUGUACCCGACAUGAAAAAACCCACUCAGCAUGUAAGACACGAAAGCAGAAGUGGGAUCGGGAAAGGUCAGAUGGUCCUGCCUAACCUGAAAUGUUUCAUAAGGAGUUCUGAAUUCCCAGGCUGUCUCAAAAGAUACAGGUAGAUAUGUGAAAACUUCAUCAUAGCCCCAGUUGAAUAAAGACCCAUCUUGGCUGAAACCUCAAAAUUUUAGAAAAUUCACAGGGAAGAAAAUAUCCUCAAGGUCUAUACCUCAAUUAGCAUCCAGGCUUUUGGGACUAAGGAGCUUUCCUUUGUGAACAAUGUACAGGUCACAGAUUCCUUUCCCAAGAAGACUUCAGAUAUGAGUCUGGAGGCUGUUUACCUGCAAAAUGAACAGUAAUUCUUGUGUACUGAAAGUAUAUACAUUUUUCUACGACAUAUGAAUUCACACUUGAGAAAAGAGAAAUAAUGCAAAGAUCCUUUUCUGGACUGGUAUUCAUUCCCCUGAAAGACCCAAACUACUGAUUUGUUAAGCCAACCACUUCUGUUAAUUUGUAUAGCCCUCUUGAGAACACCCUGUUAACGCUUCAGUAUUGAAAGGGAUUGUUUGCUUUGGAAUAUAGGAAAAUACAGGAAUUGAAUAUCA